UAAACUAAACUGAACCGAACAGUGAAUUCUCCCUCAAGCCUCAGCACAGGCAGGUCAUCUCUUCCAAACGAAACGCGCCUUUCAGAACUCGAUAGUCCUUCCCGAGAGAGUGAAAAAUUUUCUCAGGAAAUGCAGACUGCGGAGGACAUUCGACAUCUCCCCAUCGACAUAACCUUUUCUCGUCUCGGCGAGUGGUUGGUUGAUCGGAAGAGAAUACCGGCCGAUUGGAGAAAACGGUUGAUCGCAAUUAGGGCUCGGAUAUUCAAGGAGUUCUCGUUACUACCUAAGGAUACUGAUCCCUAUUUCCAAACCCUAGACCCUGAAGGGAUUGGAUACUUGGAGGCCAAAAGUAUUUAUGAUAUUCUUUUGAAGUCGAAUCCUGAAAGCCGGAAUAUAUUUGGCCGGCUGCCAGGUGCUGCUGGUGCCUGGGAGGCAAUUGUGCAUUCAUUUGAGAAAGAUCAUAUCUUCCUCGGCGAGGCCGCACAAAUAAUUACUCAAAAUGUAAACUAUGAAAUCCCAUAUCAGAAAAAACAGAUGCAAAAGAUCCAGCAACAAUUAGCUGAACUGGAGCGCAAGGAAGCUGAUGUAAAAAGAAGCGCUGCUAUGUCAGCAUCUAAGUAUGUUGAAGCUUGUCAAGAACUCGGUUUGCAGGGAAACAAUGUAAAGUUUGAGCUGUUGGAAACUGCUAAGUCGCUUCCAAGUACAUUUAGCAGGAUUCUAGAUAUUGUCAAUGGUGAUUCUUUGUUAAGGGCAAUGGAAUACUAUUCUAAUUUUGUUGGAGAUGUUCACACGGAAAAGGAUAAGUCUUUACGAGCUGUCUUGGUGAACUUAAAAGACAUGCGGGAAAAUCCCCCAUCUCUGAAUGUUUCCCCAUCCCCUGAGAUUCUUGAUUCUGCAAAUAUUGAAUUAACCCUCUAUGAAGCAGACCCCGAGAGAGGAGACAUGAAUAUUGAAGCAGAUAAUAUUGAUUGGGAUAUUUCUGUUGAAAGUGCUCAGAUUGAUUGGGAUAUUGGUACUGUGGAAGAAACAGAUGAUACUGGUAAUGGUUUGGGCCCUUAUGAAAUUGUCAAUGCCAGUGAGAUAUUACCAAAUGAAGCUGAGAAGUCUGAUCAAGUCCCAUCAAAUAAAGAGGGAGACAGCCUCUCUCAGGAGAUUUCUGUGUCUGAUAUAUCCUGGGAUAUAAGUGUUGAAACACCUCAAGUUGAUGUAAUUGAUGAGGUCAAUUUUCCAAAUGACGGUGUAGGCAAUCAUAAAUAUGUUCCAGAUGCUUCCCAAGUAAUCAAGGACGAGAGGAGCCAGCUUUUGGAAACUGAGUAUAGGAAUAAGAUUCUUGAUGAUCUCUACGAGAUCAGAGCGUUUCUUAAUCAACGGCUGGCAGAGUUGAUGAAUGAAGAGACUUUGUCUUUGCAGCAUCAAGUCCAAUCAGUUGCUCCCUUAGUGUUGCAGCAGUAUACUCCUGAUGUGAUUGAGACAAUGAUAUCAGAUGUUUCCAUGGUCAUUUGUUUGGUGACAAAUAAGAAAACAAGGGACUUAAUCAUGAUUCUUAACUCCAAAAGAUUUCUUGAUAGAUUAGUUAGUUCAAUUGAAGAAAAGAAACACCAUGAAGUGAAGUUAAAAGAAGGGUUGAAGGAUCUGGCUUUCAAGCGCAUGGAGCUUCAAAAUUCUUUAUCUUCUUCAUGGCCAAAACAAGAAGCAGCUCUUAAAAAAACCAAGGAACUGAAGAAGCUUUGUGAGAGUACCCUAUCAUCAAUGUUUGAUGGAAGGCCUGUUAACAUAAUUGGAGAAAUCAAUGCCCUGUUGAGUAGUGCUAGCGUGUAAACUCUUGGGUAGACCAAUGUCAGAAAGGUUGGUUGUGGGAAUGAGAUUUUCAAACUAAAAUGAUAGUGAACUCUUUUUUUCCCCCUAUAUUUUCUUUUAUCCUUUCCUGGACAGAUAAUUUUCCUCAUUGUUCCUAUACAUGCUCAAUUUGUACGGAAGGAAGUAUCAAUUCUCUAAUUUUGAAUGAGUUCUUGAGAUGUUGCUUUACAUAUUAAUAAAUCUUGUGGGUUAUUCGGGUUA